AUGCGGCCAACACAGUCAACAUCGCAUCCGUACGUCUAUCGUACACCUCGAGGCAGUUUGCGGGGUCUGGAGUACCAAGACAUCGCCGGCAACCCAGUACUGUACCGCUUCACCAAAGUGCCAUAUGCCCUGCCUCCCGUGGGGUCUCGACGUUGGCGGCGUCCACAGCCUCUUCCGUCCGACUUCAGCUUCAACGAUGCCGCGUCAGGUGAGCCCGGCGACUACACCAAGUUCGGCCCCAUCUGCCCUCAACCGAAGUAUGCGCAUGGCUUGGCCCUGAUUGAGAACCCCGACUCUGCGCCACCGAUAGAGAACGUCCAGGAUGAGGACUGUCUAUACCUAAACAUUUGGGUCCCAGCAGGCCCAAAACCUAGCGGAGGCUGGCCGGUCCAAUUCUUCAUUCAUGGCGGCUGGCUCCAAGUCGGCGAUGCGAUGCAGGGCCACGCGCACGACCCGUUCGACUUGCUGGCCAACACUACGCCCCGGAUCGUCGUGUCGCCAACACACCGACUGAACCUGUUCGGCUUUCUCGCAGGCGAGGACCUGGCAUCUCUACAUGAAGACCCGGCACCCUCGAACUACGGGUUUUGGGACCAGAGGUGCGCGUUGGAAUGGACGGCACAGCACAUUGAACAGUUCGGCGGCAACCCCAAGAACAUCACGGUCGGCGGUCUGUCUGCGGGCGCCAACUCGACGUUCUUCCAAUUGAACUACGACAGCCAGCUGCCGGUAGAGCAGCGUCUGAUCCGGCGGGUCUUUCUAUGGUCCAACGCGGUGGCGAUCCAGCCGAACUCGUCGACCAGCCCCGUGCUGACGUCGCAGUUCAACGAGCUGUGUUCUGUGUUUGGCAUCCCCGGCACCGCUACGCCAGCCGAAAAAUUGGCGGCACUGAGAAAGAUUCCGGCACCAGAGUUGGUGUCUGCGUUGUCGAAGCUGAAAAUGCACACAUUCCGCGCCAGCACCGACGAGGACUUCGUCAAUGCCACGCUACUAGCAUCGCUGCACAGCGGGACGUUCACAACGCGGCUCUUCCGCAACGGUACAUCGGUGCUGCUCGGCGAGGUGAGCGACGAAAAAGAACUGUACAAGUUGGUCAACCCGCCAGCCAACUACGACGACCUGGUGACCCAGCUAGUAAACUACUAUCCGCCGCCAGUUGUGCAGGCCCUGUUGCCAUUAUACAACGUGCCCGACAAGACUUCGACCGAUGCCGCCGCUUGGGCCGAGGUGUUUUGCCAGAUCGUCGGCGACGGCCAAGUCCACGCGUCCGUGCGCGGCCUUACACAUGUGUUGUUGAACCCGCCCUCUCGGCCGGGCGUGACGCCACUGCCCCCAUCCCGAGUCCAUAGGUACCGCAUCGCCUGGCGCGCAAAGGUCCUGGACAACUGGUACAAGGCCGAAGCCAAGGUGUUUCACUCGGCCGACAUCCCUAUCUGGUGGGCCUCUGGCUGGCGCUAUGACUACACCGACGGCGACAAGGGCGUCGUCAAGAAGUUCCUGGAGCCCUUUGGCCAGUUUCUGGAUGGCAAGCAGGUGGAUUGGCCGUGCUCCGGCGAGGACCGACUGCGGUUGCUGGACCAAGAUGGCGAGAUCCACGAGGACGUUGUCGAUGAGUUGUGGGAGCGUGGUCUACAGGUGUGGAAUGCCGUGUGGGAUGCACAGAAGGCGACUGUGGUCAAAGAAGACGAGACGGGAGGUCAGGGAAAUUGA